CUCAAUUUAGAGUCUCAUAGCGAAGGGUCUGAAUACUUAUGUAAAUAAGGUUUAUAAUAUUUAUGAUAAUGAUAAUAAUAUUUAUGUACAUUUGCAAAUAUUUCUAAAAACCUGCUUUUGCUUUGAUAUUAUCGGGCAUUGUGUGUAAAAAUUAUUUAAACCAUUUUAGAAUAAGGUUGUAACGUAACAAAAUGUGGAAAAAGUCAAGGGGUCUUCAGAAUGCUCUAUAUACACCAUGCAGUAUUUUGGGGACUAUAUAUACCAUGCAGUAUUUUGGGGACUAUAUACACCAUGCAGUAUUUUGGGGACUAUAUACACACCAUGCAGUAUUUUGGGGACUAUAUACACACCAUGCAGUAUUUUGGGGACUAUAUACACACCAUGCAGUAUUUUGGGGACUAUAUACACCAUGCAGUAUUUUGGGGACUAUAUACACCAUGCAGUAUUUUGGGGACUAUAUACACACCAUGCAGUAUUUUGGGGACUAUAUACACACCAUGCAGUAUUUUGGGGACUAUAUAUACACCAUGCAGUAUUUUGGGGACUAUAUAUACACCAUGCAGUAUUUUGGGGACUAUAUAUACACCAUGCAGUAUUUUGGGGACUAUAUAUACACCAUGCAGUAUUUUGGGGACUAUAUAUACACACCAUGCAGUAUUUUGGGGACUAUAUAUACACACCAUGCAGUAUUUUGGGGACUAUAUAUACACCAUUCAGUAUUUUGGGGACUAUAUAUACACCAUUCAGUAUUUUGGGGACUAUAUACACACCAUGCAGUAUUUUGGGGACUAUAUAUACACCAUGCAGUAUUUUGGGGACUAUAUACACACCAUUCAGUAUUUUGGGGACUAUAUAUACACCAUUCAGUAUUUUGGGGACUAUAUAUACACCAUUCAGUAUUUUGGGGACUAUAUAUAUACACCAUUCAGUAUUUUGGGGACUAUAUACACACCAUGCAGUAUUUUGGGGACUAUAUAUACACCAUGCAGUAUUUUGGGGACUAUAUACACACCAUUCAGUAUUUUGGGGACUAUAUAUACACCAUGCAGUAUUUUGGGGACUAUAUAUAUACACCAUUCAGUAUUUUGGGGACUAUAUACACCAUUCAGUAUUUUGGGGACUAUAUACACACCAUUCAGUAUUUUGGGGACUAUAUAUACACCAUGCAGUAUUUUGGGGACUAUAUAUAUACCAUUCAGUAUUUUGGGGACUAUAUAUACACCAUUCAGUAUUUUGGGGACUAUAUAUACACCAUGCAGUAUUUUGGGGACUAUAUAUACACCAUGCAGUAUUUUGGGGACUAUAUAUACACCAUUCAGUAUUUUGGGGACUAUAUAUAUACCAUUCAGUAUUUUGGGGACUAUAUAUACACCAUUCAGUAUUUUGGGGACUAUAUAUACACCAUGCAGUAUUUUGGGGACUAUAUAUACACCAUGCAGUAUUUUGGGGACUAUAUAUACACCAUUCAGUAUUUUGGGGACUAUAUAUAUACCAUUCAGUAUUUUGGGGACUAUAUAUACACCAUGCAGUAUUUGGGGGACUAUAUAUACACCAUUCAGUAUUUUGGGGACUACACCAAGUGGUAUUUUUCCAAACAAUUCAACACUUCACUGUUUGAACUCCAUAACUAUUGUAGGGGAGAUCAAUGAGGUUAGAGGUUACCAUGGAGAUGAAUGAUUGACAGCUUGCUGGCUGGAGCAUGUGUGUGUGUGUGUGUGUGUGUGUGUGUGUGUGUGUGUGUGUGUGUGUGUGUGUGUGUGUGUGUGUGUGUGUGUGUGUGUGUGUGUGUGUGUGUGUGUGUGUG